AUGGGACAAUGGAUUGUAUACUAUUAUAAAUCUUGGUUUAGUAAACCUCCAUGUUCUAUUUUGCGUGAAUUGCAAUAUUAUGAAAAUGAAGAAUAUCCAUUUAAUAAAGAAACUUUUGACCAAUUUGGUGGUGAUUUCUACAAUAUUGGAAUUUUUGUAAAGGA